AUGGAUAAACUAUUGGAAAUUUCUCAAGAUAACCGAAACUUACUUAAUACUGUGAAUGAAAAAAUUGAUUGUAUCCUUAGGAGGAUUACUGUUCUUGAAGAAAAACUUUAUGCAAAUAAAGAAGAUAGAUCAAUUACACCAUCUAAUAUGAAUUGUGAAUCAUUAGAGAUUGGAGUUUUAGAUACAAAUACUUCUAGUAAUAAUCAUUUUGUAACUGACUCUGGUGCCUGUGAAGAUGAAUUUUAUGAUGCCAUACAGGGUUUGUCAUUAACUCAACUGGAUGGAGAAGUUUUUCAUUGUAGUCUUUACCAUAGUUAUAAAACUGGUAGUGCUAAAAGAAUUUCUAAGGUUGAGUGUUCUUUUAAAAGAAAAGGUCGGGAGACUGUUCUUGAAGUUAUUAAUGAUGCUUGUAAUGUAGAUCAUCAAAUUAUUUGUGGUGUUGAAGAUGAAAAAAUGUAUGGUUUUUUAGAUAAAGGAAAUCAUGCUGUUGUUGUAAUUAAGGCAGAUGUUCUUGUAUGCACUGUACCGAAUCUUCGCUCCAUUCUCCUUAAAUUUAAGAAUAAAAUUAUUGCUUCAGAAGUCUAUAAAAGAGUUUCAACUUUGUUUUUUUAA